AUGGUGAGUCACUAUUUUAUAUCAGAAAUUAAGUUUCUAAAAUAACAGAAAAGUGUCGUUUCCCUAGACCAAAAAUUGUCUUUGUUUAUUAUGAAAAAUUCGAAAAAAAAUGAAACGAAAAUUAGAAAAUCUCUUGGCGCUAUUCAGAUUAUUUUUCAUAAAACACAUAAAUUGAAUUGUGCUGUAAAACAACGAUUUUUCUGCAUGAAUCAUCCCAUAAAAAUAGAUUGAUUGAAAAAAAAGAAAAAAUUGUUACACUUUUCCAAAUAAUAAUUUUUCCAGCUUUUCUUCUCAUUCUUCAAAUCAUUGGUAGGCAAAGAUGUUGUUGUUGAACUCAAAAACGAUCUCAGGUAAGAAACAAUUUCAAAUCAAAAUUCCAUUUUUCUCUAAAACACAAUUUUCAGUAUCUGCGGAACAUUGCACUCGGUUGAUCAAUACCUCAACAUGAAGCUGAUAGAUAUUUCAGUUUCCGAUCCAGAAAAGAUUCCCACAUAUGCUUUCAGUCAAAAAUUGUUUCGUGCGCGGUUCAGUCGUGCGAUAUGUUCAACUUCCAGGCGACCAAGUCGAUACUCAACUAUUAGCCGAUUCGUGUAGGAAAGAAUUGGCCGAAGCAAAAGCCAAACAAUGA